AGGAUGAGCAGUAAGAUUAUCUUCUACGAAGACAGGAACUUCCAGGGCCGGUGCUAUGAGUGCGACUCCGACUGCCCCGACAUGCACCCUCACUUCAGCCGCUGUAACUCCAUCAAGGUGGAGAGCGGCUGCUGGGUUCUGUAUGAGAAACCAAACUACGGCGGCUACCAGUACGUCCUGACCCGCGGCGAGUACCCCGACUACCAGCGGUGGAUGGGCUACAACGACACCAUCCGCUCCUGUCGCACCUUCUCCUAUACCAGCGAGGGUCCGUACCGCCUUCGUAUCUACGAGCGUCUGAACUUCCAGGGUCAGAUGAUGGAGUUCAGUGAAGACUGUGAGUCCGUGCAGGAUCAUUUCCGCAGCCGUGACAUCUACUCCUGCAACGUGAUGGACGGCUACUGGACCCUCUACGAGCACGCCAACUACCGCGGGCGCCAGUACUUCCUGAGGCCCGGCGAGUACCGCAAAUUCAGUGAGUGGGGGGCCACCUGCGCCGCCACCGGGUCAUUCCGCCGGGUCACCGAGUUUUAA